CACACGGGACUGACUACGAAAGAUCGGCAGACACUACUCCAGAAGUUUCCAUCCCCCCCUCCGCUCGCUUUCCAGUUUGUUCUCUUCUCUCCCAUUCCUCCCCGGCUCCCCGUCGCCGACCACCCCCUCCUCCUCCUCCACAUCCUCGCCAGCACCCAGUCAAAUCUAGCCCUAGCCACCCCGAGGCCUUGUCGUCGAAGCAAGCACCCCCCUGCCGCCGCCGCCGCAGCAGCAGCAGCAGCAGCAGCGGACGCCGUAGAUUCAGAGCUUCGUGCGGGGCUCACGCAGGGCGGGGAUGGACGACGUGGACAGCGUCGUCCGGAGCGCAGACAAGGCCGACGCUCCCCCCGGCGACGACGGUAGCUCCACGCCGCUCCCUGAGACGAUUCAGAUUGGCCUUUCACCUACCUACAAACUUGAUAGAAAGCUUGGAAAAGGAGGAUUUGGGCAAGUAUAUGUUGGUCGUCGUAUUUCCACUCCUACCAGGACACCUGGUGCAAAUGCUUUGGAGGUUGCAAUAAAAUUUGAACACCGAACAAGCAAAGGCUGCAGUUAUGGAGCUCCUUAUGAGUGGCAAGUUUACAACACUCUUAGCGGGAUUCAUGGUGUGCCAAGAGUACACUUCAAGGGGAAGCAAGCAGAUUAUUAUAUCAUGAUUAUGGACAUGUUAGGACCAAGCCUGUGGGAUGUGUGGAAUAAUAAUUCCCACUCAAUGUCUGUUGAAAUGGUUGCCUGUAUUGCUAUAGAAGCAAUUUCCAUACUGGAGAAGAUGCACUCAAAAGGGUAUGUCCAUGGUGAUGUAAAACCUGAGAACUUUUUGCUUGGACCUCCAGGCACCCUGCAAGAGAAGAAACUUUUCCUUGUUGACCUUGGAUUAGCCACUAAAUGGAAAGACACUGGUACUGGAGAACUUGUUGAAUAUGACCAGAGGCCUGAUGUCUUCAGGGGAACUGUACGGUAUGCUAGUGUGCAUGCCCACUUGGGAAGAACUGGAAGCAGGAGAGAUGACCUUGAGUCUCUUGCAUACACACUUGUUUUUCUUCUGCGUGGUCGUCUUCCUUGGCAAGGAUACCAGGGAGAAAAUAAAGGUUUCCUUGUUUGCAAGAAAAAGAUGGCAACAUCUCCAGAAUCUUUGUGUUGCUUUUGUCCCCAACCUUUCAGGCAAUUUCUUGAGUAUGUUGUGAACUUAAAGUUUGAUGAAGAACCAAAUUAUGCAAAGUGCAUCUCUCUUUUUGAUGGCAUUGUUGGUCCAAAUCCAGAUAUAAGGCCAAUCAACACUGACGGCGCUCAGAAGCUUAUAUAUCAGGUUGGUCAGAAGAGAGGUCGUCUCACGAUGGAGGAAGAUGAAGAUGACCAACCCAAGAAGAAGAUCAGGAUGGGGAUGCCUGCAACACAAUGGGUUAGUGUUUACAACGCAAGGCGACCUAUGAAGCAGAGGUACCACUAUAAUGUUGCAGAUGGUAGGUUAGCACAGCAUAUUUCAAAAGGAAAUGAAGAUGGCUUGUUUAUAAGCUCAGUCGCAUCUUGUUCAAAUCUAUGGGCUCUAAUAAUGGAUGCCGGUACUGGCUUUACUUCUCAAGUAUAUGAGCUUUCUCCAUAUUUUCUUCACAAGGAAUGGAUAAUGGAGCAGUGGGAGAGAAACUUCUAUAUCACUGCGUUGGCAGGUGCAAACAAUGGCAGUUCUGUGGUGGUCAUGUCAAGAGGAACACAAUAUGCCCAGCAAUCCUAUAAAGUAAGCGACUCAUUUCCCUUCAAGUGGAUAAACAAAAAGUGGAAGGAGGGUUUCUACGUCACAGCUAUGGCCACCGCAGGAAGCCGGUGGGCAGUCGUCAUGUCCCGGAAUGCUGGCUUUGUAGAUCAGGUUGUGGAGCUUGACUUCUUAUAUCCAAGCGAGGGAGUUCAUCGGCGUUGGGAUAAUGGUUAUCGCAUCACUGCGACUGCUGCUACAUGGGAUCAGACAGCCCUUAUCUUGAGCAUCCCCAGAAGAAAGCCUGCUGAUGAAACACAGGAAACCCUAAGAACAUCCGCUUUCCCCAGCCAGCAUGUGAAGGAGAAAUGGGGGAAAAAUCUCUACUUAGCCUCCAUCUGCUAUGGAAGAACAGUAUCAUAAGGUCCGUCCUGUCUGGCUGGUUUGUAGAGUUUAUUUGUCCACUGCCUGCCGGGUUUACAAUUAGAUGGUGGAAUUUUGAAGGGCAAGGAUAUCUCUAAUUUACUUAUAAUUAACAGAGUUCAUAGAUCAUAGAUGGCAAAGCCUGCUGUGUUUUUUUGAUAGGUUUAGUGUAUGUUGUGGUGCUGGGUUGUUGCACUCCUUGUCCAUAGAAUGUCAAAACUGUUGUAUUGUAAGUUUAAGCCUUGCUUGCCCAUCAUACAUAUAGUCUAAGUUAGAUAUAUUUAACCCGUGAGGUAGGUCACGACUAACAAACUGUACAAAGUCGUCUUCAUGUCUGGACUGCGUCAAAGUUAUCUUGUGUGAUUUAUUAAAUUAUGCUUGACUGAGACUAUGAGCUAACAGGUUGUCUCUGUAUUACAUGGAUUGAGUUACUUUUGAUUA